AUGAAUUUAUUCAAAAAUAAGUACAAAAAUGAAAUAGCAAAGGUAGCAGGUUUUUAUGGUUGUGGAGUAUUAUUACUUGUGCCAAAACAGAAUCACAUUAGAAAGACAACAUCAACACCUGACCUAUUAGACUGUACAGUUGGUUAUUUGAUAGAUGGUGGGUUUACACAAGUUAAUUCCUCUUCAAAAAAAAUAUUUGACAUCAGAAACCAUUGA